AUGAAUCUCAAUGGAUGGAACAACAUUUUGAACUUGUUCACAGAACAAGCUUUCAAAUUUACUUCUCUAACAGUAAUUCAACAAUUCUGCACGAACUUGAUUGCAAAAUUUACGGAUAAAAUAUUUAACUCACUUGAUUUCACGCCAAUUCCUAAAAAAUCUUUAGUUCAACUUAUUAAAAGUGAUUUACAAAUGAAAGAAAUUGAAAUUUUUUGUUUAUCAUCUAUUGAAUUCUUACAAAAAGUUCGCCCAUAUCAAAAAUUAUUUAAACGUCAAUUUUAUGAAGAUUUAUUAAGUUCUUAUUUGGAACCUAAUAAUGUAUCAACCGAAAACAUUUUACUUCCUAGAAAUAUUAAAGUUAACGAUUCAAAAUUUGUUAAUUCAAAUAUUGUUUCAAUUAUUUCAAGAUGGAUCGAUAAAGUGGAUAUUAAUCAUAGAGUUUCUCAUUUAAGAGAAUUUUAUUUACCAUAUAAACUUGAAUUGUUACUAAGAGGAAGUCGAGAUGGAUUUACACCUAAAAAAUUUCAUACUUUAUUACGUGCAGCCCUAGAUAUUAUUGAUCUGCGAGUUGUUGGUCGAACUUCUAGUAUAUUAUGA